AAGCGUCCCACAGAUACUGUCAUGGCGCAUGCUGCAUAGAAAAAUAAGGUCUCAUCAAACAUUUUGCGCUUGAUAGUCGAAGUAAUCAGUUAGUAAUCUGUGGCGUCUUAUUCCCUAUGAGUAAUAUGUUUUAUUGUUCGUUCGUUAGUAUACAUUAUAUUAUCUGUGAAUGUGGCGAUACAUUUCCAACGGAGGAAGCAUUAAAAGAUCAUUUGGAAAAAGAUCAUAAUCACAGAGUUCAAAUCGAAAGAAAUGAAUACAAGUGCGACACGUGCGAGAAAAUCUUCGCAACUGAGAAAGCAUGCCUCAUCCACCAGCGUAUCCACACCAACCCGAGAGCGAAAAAGGAAAGGGACUCGGCAGAGAGACGGAGAUACUACAGUAUGAAAAAUAUUGUUUGUGAAGUGUGUGGGAAGAGAUAUGCGUCCAACGCAGCCCUGCGUUACCACCAGCGGGUGCACACCGGGGAAAGGCCCUACAAAUGUUCCGAGUGCCCUAAGAGUUUCACAAUGCCUUUGUUCCUGCAAAUACACAUGAGAACACACACCGGUGAGAGACCGUACGAGUGUCCGCAGUGCCCGAAGGCCUUCAGCAACAAGGCGGCCCUACUGAGACACGAUCGGGUUCACACCGGUAUAAAGCCUUACGAGUGUCCGCAGUGUGGUAAAUUCUUCACCCAGUCCAACUCGAUGAAGCUUCAUGUUAAAACGGUACAUUUGAAGAUGCCCGCUCCGUACAAGAGUAGGAACAGACGAGCCAAACAAGUGAGCAAACAAGCGAUGAAUGUGGAAGUCCAGAUUGAGGAAGGUGUCUUCCAGCCCCAGGUGAAGACGGAGCUGAAGGAGUAUGAGACGGAGGGCGAGGUCUAUCAGGGAGACGUUUAUCAAGAGGUGAGAAGUGAUUUGAUAGUUGUGUUUGUCUACCACGAUGGUGAUAUGUUUUACGAGGAAGUGAAGGUCGAAGGUUCAGAAAUAGCGAUGUACGCUAACGACGAGGAACCGGAAGUGCUUUACGAAGAAGUCUACGAGAUACAGGAAGUGUAA